CGCCGCCGCUGCCGCUUUCUCGGAGCCAUGGCGGCGUCGAGCCCUCGGAAGAGGCUUCAGGACGAAGUGACUUGCUGCAUUUGCCUGGAAUUUUUCGCGCAGCCGGUGACUCUCGACUGCGGGCACAACUUUUGCCGCGCCUGCAUCGAGACAUGCUGGGGCGAUGCGUCCGCCGAUGCUCCUGAGACCGCCGCUUGUCCUCAGUGCCGGGAGAAAGUCGAGCGCAGGAGCCUGAAGCCGAACAGGCAGCUGGCCAACUUCGUGGAGAUCGCCAAGGAGCUGACCGUGCAGCCCCGGCCGGCGGACGGAAGGUGGAAAGUCUGCGAGCUGCACGAGGAGCCCCUGAAGCUCUUCUGCAGGGACGACAAGGCCCCCAUCUGCGUGGUGUGCGACCGCUCCAAGGAGCACCGCGAGCACAACGUGGUGCCCGUGCAGGAGGCGGCCCAGGAGCACCGCGAUUGGAUCUGUUGGUGCCUGGAGAAACUGAGGAAGGAGAAAGAGAAAAUGCAGGCGGAGAAAGUGAAAGGAGAACAUGAAAGUCAAGGCCUGCUUGAGGAAAUAGCAGCACAGAAGGAAAAGACAGUUGUUCAGUUCAAAGAAAUGUACCAGCUUCUGGAAAAACAAGAAAAGGAUCUGUUAAGCCAGAUGGAAGAGGUAGAGAAGGAGAUUACAGAGACAAGGGAUGGCCACGUGACCAAAAUCUUGGAGGAUGUUUCUUCUUUAGAAAGAAGUAUUGUAGAAUUGGAGGAGAAGCUUCAACAGCGCACAGAUGAACUUGUGCAGGAUAUAAGAAGCAUCUUGCAGAGGUUUGAGGAGAGUAAGUUUGAGAAUCCUCCAUUUUUUUCUCCAGAGCUGAAGCGCAGGGUCCGGAACUUCUAUGACAUAGAUCCCUUUCUAGAGCAUUUAAUGAAGCAGUUGAAAGAGUGUGGGACAUGGAAUGACAGACAGAAGUUAAAACAGAGAGAAGUUAACAGCGGAAAGAUCUUCCUCUUUCCGCGCCGCCCGGACCAACACCGCCCGCGGCCGCCGGCUGCUGCACUGCUCUCCAGAGGCCAGGACCACCAGCCCAGGACCCAGGACCCGGCUCCGGCCUCCUCCCUCGCGCAGCGCCGGUGGCUGUGCUUUCUGGGUGAGGCCGCCAUGGCUGCUCCCGGGACUACCGUGCACGAGCUCUGCGAGGAAGCCACAUGCUCCAUCUGCCUGGACUAUUUCAUGGAUCCCCUGAUGGUCGCAGAGUGUGGGCACAAUUUCUGCCGAGCCUGCCUGAGCCAGUACAGUGGGGAAUCGGACGUGCAGGCCUCCUGCCCCCAGUGCAGGGGGACCUUCCAGAAGAGGAACCUCCGGCCCAAUCGGCAGCUGGCUAACUUUGUGGAAAUUGCCAGGAAAUUAAUAGGGCAGGGGGUCCAAAGGACCGAAGGGGUCGAAGGGAAGGGGCAAGUCUGUGAGAAGCACCAGGAGCCCCUGAAGCUUUUCUGCAGGGACCACGAAGCCCCCAUCUGCGUGGUGUGCGACAGAGCCAAGGAGCACAAGGAUCACCAGGUGGUUCCCCUGGAGGAGGCGUCCCAGGAGUACCAGGAUCAGAUCCUCAGUCGUUUGGACAUGCUGAGAAAAGAGAGAGAGAAAAUUCUGGCAUAUAAAGCGGACACUGAAAAGGAAAACCAAGACCUGCUGAAAUUAACAGAGAAGGAGAGGCAGCGGACCGUGGAUCUGUUCAGGCAACUACACCAGUUUCUGGCCAUACAAGAGGAGCUUCUGCUGGCCCAGAUGGACGAGGUGAAGCAGGGGAUUGCAAAGAAGAGGGAGGAGCACAUGGCAGUUCUGACGUGGGAGAUCUCCAGUCUCGAAAGUCUCAUUCAAGAGCUGGAGGAGAAAUGCCAGCAGCCAGCAGGGGAGCUUGUGCAGGAUGCAAGAAGCAUCUUGAAGAGGAGUGAAAAGGAGCCCUUUGAGAACCCAGCGGCUUUCCCUCUGGAGCUGAAAUGGAAGCUCUGGGAUUUCCGUGAUACAAUCCCCAUCCUAGAGGGUGUGAUAAAGAAAUUCAAAGAUGCUUUGCUGUGCGGACAACAGCUGCAGAAAGCAAAUGUGACCCUGGAUCCAAUCACUGCUCAUCCCCAGCUCAUCCUGUCCAAGGACUGUAAAAGCAUCAGCUGGGGAGUCAGCUGCCAAGAUUUGCCCAAGAAUCCGGAGAGGUUCGACGUCCGUCCUUUUGUGCUGGGCCGCGAGGGAUUCGCAGCAGGGAGACACUUCUGGGAAGUCACGGUGGGGAGGGAGGGAAUAUGGGCCGUGGGGGUAGCUCGGAAGUCUGUGAGGCGGAAAGGCCCCGUGGAAUUUGCUCCAGACGAAGGGAUCUGGGCCGUGGGGAGGUGGAAUGGUCAGUACCGGAGUAUUGAUCCUCCUCUCGAUCCUCUUCUCCCCUUGAGCGGCGACCUCAGGCGGAUUAGAGUCAAUCUGAACUGUGCUGAGAGUCAGGUGUGCUUUUUCAAUGCUGACACAGGAGAUCACCUCUACACCUUUCCGGUGGGCUCAUCCUUUGGGGAGGCCCUGCACCCCUACUUCUAUGUGAUCAAAAAUGCGCAGCUCAGAAUCUGCCCGUAAGGCAGCUAAGCCACCCUCAGAAAGCUUUUCCUCAUGAGGCGUUGUAUUUUAUUCAUUUUAUUUAAGGUUUUUGUAUGUCAUCCCAAUGACUAAAAAAGUCUCUGGAUGGCUUACAGAGCACAAACCAAAAAAAAUAAACAGAACCCAUAGCGACGACAACAUAAAUGGGAAG